CCACGGAGGAUCCAGCGAAUCCUCCCUUUGCCGCGGAAUAUAUCGUACAGAUAGCAUGGACCACUUGCCGAACCUGCCCGCUGGCGUUGCAUCGCGCACGCUUCCCGUGAACGACCUGCAGAUGCACAUCCUCGAAGCCGGCCACGGGCACACCCCCCAACGCCCACUCGUCCUCCUCCUGCACGGCUUUCCCGAGCUCGCCUACUCCUACCGCAAGCUUCUCGUCCCGCUGUCCCUCCUAGGCUACCACGUCGUCGCCCCCGAUCAGCGCGGCUACGGUCGCACCUGUCCCUCCCCGCUGCCCUCCUACGCCGACUCGCCCGCGCCCUACCGGCUGUUCAACCUCGUCCGCGACGUCGUCGCCCUCGUCUACGCGCUCGGCCACGACACCGCGCACGCCGUCAUCGGGCACGACUUUGGCUCGCCCCUCGCCGGCUUCUGCGCGCUCCUCCGGCCCGACGUCUUCCUCCGCCUCGCAUGCAUGAGCGCGCCCUUCCCCGGCGCGCCCUCCCUGGCCACCACCGAUCGCCAACGCAACGUCCUCGACCUGGUCCCGGAGUUCGCCGCGCUCUCCCCGCCGCGCAAGCACUACAAGCUCUACUACUCCACUCCCGCCGCGAACGCCGACAUGCACCACCCCUCCACCCCCGGCGGCCUCCCCGCCUUCCUCCGCGCCUACUUCCACGCCAAAAGCGCCGACGCCUCGGACGACCCGCUCCCGCACCCGCUCUCGCCCACCGCCGAGUCCCUGUCCGCCCUCCCGGCGUACUACCUCAUGCCGCUGCACGCCUCGAUGCCCCAGGCCGUCGAAAACAGCUUACCGUCACCAGAAGAAGUCGCCGCCAACGCCUGGCUCACCGACGCGGAGCUCGCCGUCUACGCCCGCGAAUUCGCCCGCACCGGUUUCCAGGGCGGCCUGAACUGGUACCGCGCCGCGACCGACGCCGCCCUCAUGGCCGACCUGUCCGCCUUCGCCCGCAAGCGUGUCUAUGCCCCGGCCGUCUUUAUCGGCGGCGAGCGCGACUGGGGCGUGCACCAGGACCCCGGCGCGCUGGACCAGAUGAGGGAGGUGUGCGUUACGAUGGGAAAGGAGGACGUGCAUAUUGUGCGUGGGGCGGGGCACUGGAUUAUGCAGGAGCAGCCGGAGGAGACAUUGAGGGUAUUGACAGAGCUAUUGCAGAGGCCUGUUCGGAAGGUGCCUCAGUGA